AUGGAUCUUGUCCUGUUGGAGAAGGGUCUGGUGGGGAUGUUCAUGGCCAUGGUUGUUGCCAUUAGCAUAUCCAAGUUGAGGGGCAAGCGUUUUAAACUCCCACCAGGUCCUAUUCCCAUCCCCAUAUUUGGAAAUUGGCUGCAGGUGGGGGAUGACUUGAACCACCGCAACUUAACGGAGCUGGCCAAAAAGUUUGGGGACAUAUUGCUGUUGAGAAUGGGGCAACGAAACUUGGUGGUGGUUUCCUCACCAGAGUUGGCCAAGGAAGUGCUACACACCCAGGGAGUAGAAUUUGGGUCUAGGACAAGAAACGUGGUGUUCGAUAUAUUCACAGAUAAGGGUCAAGAUAUGGUGUUCACUGUUUACGGCGAGCACUGGAGGAAAAUGAGGCGAAUCAUGACCGUUCCUUUUUUCACCAACAAGGUGGUGCAGCAGAACAGGUUGGGUUGGGAGGAGGAAGCUGCUAGAGUCGUGGAGGAUCUAAAGAACAACCCUGAGGCCUCCAACACCGGUGUAGUUCUGAGGAAGCGGCUACAGCUUCUGAUGUAUAACAAUAUGUACAGGAUGAUGUUUGACAAGAGAUUCGACAGCAUGGAUGACCCUCUGUUCAACAAGCUCAAGCUUAUAAACGCAGAGAGGAGUCGAUUAUCUCAGAGCUUUGAAUACAACUAUGGUGAUUUCAUCCCCAUCCUCAGGCCUUUCCUUAGAGGCUAUUUGAAUGUGUGCAAGGACGUCAAGGAGAGAAGGCUCAAGCUCUUCAAGGACCAUUUUGUCGAUGAGAGGAGGAGACUGACUAGCACCAGGAGCAACAAGGAGGAUGGAGUAAAAUGUGCCAUUGAUCAUAUUGUGGAGGCUCAGGAGAAUGGUGAGAUCACCGAAGACAAUGUUCUCUUCAUUGUUGAGAACAUCAAUGUUGCUGCUAUUGAGACAACAUUGUGGUCUAUGGAGUGGGCUAUAGCGGAGCUAGUUAACCAUCCCAACAUCCAGAAAAAGCUGAGGAGCGAGCUCGAUUCGGUGCUUGGAGAUGGUGUCCAGAUUACGGAGCCUGACAUUCGUAAUCUGCCUUACUUGCAGGCUGUCAUCAAGGAGACACUGCGGUUGAGAAUGGCCAUUCCCCUGUUAGUGCCUCACAUGAACCUCCAAGACGCCAAGUUGGCUGGUUAUGACAUCCCUGCAGAAAGCAAGAUUCUGGUGAAUGCAUGGUGGCUUGCCAACAACCCCGAUCACUGGAACAAACCUCAAGAGUUCCGACCGGAGAGGUUCUUGGAGGAAGAGGAAAAUGUGGAGCCUAGUGGGAAUGACUUUAGAUACCUUCCCUUCGGUGCCGGGAGGAGAAGCUGCCCUGGCAUUGUUCUUGCCUUGCCCAUCGUUGCUAUUACUUUGGGUCGUCUCAUUCAGAACUUUGAGCUCCUGCCUCCUCCUGGACAGUCCAAGAUUGAUACCACUGAAAAGCCUGGACAGUUCAGCUUGCAAAUAUUCAACCACUCCACCAUUGUGGCAAAACCAAGGUCUUUAUGA